CUGCAGUGCCCCCGGAUGGCGUUAUGGCUUAAUGCCAUCACACCGGCGCUCUCCCGCACAGGACUCUCCUCAGGCUGCCUCAUUGACACACCUUUUGUUGUCUCACGCCAACGGUUGCUAGCGAGCAUUACCAGCCUCAACCACCGUAAGGCGAAGUUGGGGCAAAAGAGUAAGUCCGAAGCCGAGGGAGUCGAAAACCGACGGCCGACACUCUGCCAGGAUGAGUGGUGAUGAUAUGAACCCAGCUGCAGUGGCUCAGCCAGUGAAGGAUUUACAGGGAGAUGACCGCUGGAUGUCACAGCACACCAGAUUUGUGCAGGAGUGUAAGGAUGCUGAACCAGAUGUGCUUUUCAUAGGAGAUUCUAUGAUACAACUAAUGCAGCAUUAUGAUGUCUGGAGGGAGGUGUUCUCCCCUCUCCAUGCGCUCAACUUCGGCAUUGGAGGGGACACCACCUGCAACGUGCUGUGGAGGCUGCAGAAUGGAGAGCUGCAAAACAUCCGUCCCAAGGUGGUGGUGUUAUGGGUGGGAACCAACAAUCACCAUCACACCGCAGAGGAAGUCGCCGGAGGAAUUCUCUCUAUUGCGCAGCUGCUCACCUCCCGCCUCCCCAAAGCAAAGAUAGUUGUACUGGGUUUGUUGCCUCGAGGCGAGCGACCCAACCCUCUGAGGCAGAAGAACGCUGCGGUUAACGACUUCCUGCGCUCCUGGCUGCCCCGACUGGGCCAAGCUUUGCUGCUGGACCUGAGCGCGGAGUUCGUUCACUCCGAUGGAACCAUCGGCCCACAGGUCAUGUUUGACUUCCUCCAUCUGACGGCGGCAGGUUACCGCACCAUGGCGAAACCCCUCAGCGACCUACUGCUGCACAUACUGGAGGAGACGCCGGAGGAGAAGCGGGCGUCGGCGGUUUGAGGGCCGUGGGCCGAGAAGCACGUGUAUCCAGAGACAUGUCCGCCCCGACUGCCACGGGAGACGGGGGAGAUAUGUCCCUGGUGUCCGGGGGAUGAAGGGCUCACUCAUACGGGGACGAGCGACCCCGAUGUGAGUGGGCCCCAGGAGAGGUUGUGGGAUCACAUUCAUGGGCGGAGGGUCGGGUGUGGAAGAGGUGCUGAGGAGGGGGGGGGGGGGCCUCGCUGCAGACACUGUGACCGCAGUAGUAACUUCUAUUGCAAAAUUAUUUACAAAGUCCGACUGCUCUGAAUCACAGACAGAUAUUCUGAGAUUAAGGGGGACGGCAGUGAUGCACACACACACACACACAGACACAAGCGCACACACUGAUUAAUUUCGGUUUUUACUCGGUCUUCAGUAAUCUGCAAACACUCUAAUUUCUUACUCCAUGUUUUGCUUUAAAUUAGUAAAAGUGUUUUCUCUACUAACACUAGUCCAGGCUCAGCAUACUCACAGUAGGCAGGAUGUUAUCUGACAUUGAGCAGUGGUACCCAACCCGGAGUCAAGGGCUCCAAGGGAGUCCCAAGAAAAAUAUGAAUAUUUAAGGUAUGUUUUUACUUUUACUUUUUUUUUCUAGCGCAUAAAAUGGCCAGUUUUACCUCUUCCAGGUAAAAUCAAUGCUUGGUGUGGCAUUGGUUGGGAACCACCGCUGAGAUGCACACUAUGUCUCAAAAUGAGUCGUACUUUAAAAAAAGCUCUGCUUUGCUUAUGGUGUAAUCCAGCAAAUGUCAUGUGAAAUAAUAACACAAAUCUAUUAUGAUCCGGAUUUGUCUGUCAAGUGGUUAAUGUGUAAAUAUUACGUUUUUAAGAUCCUGUUGAUCAAUUUAAAAUAGAUCAGUGUAUCUCUGGAGAGUUAACUGCUUUUCCCCAAAACCACACACACUGCUGAUCACUACUGUAUCCGUGUGUUGCCUAAAGUCAUCACUCAACUAAAUGUUCAACUGAAACCUGACGUUGGUGUGGACCGCGUGCGUGUUUUAAGACAAACCUCCACUUGGCUGUUUUUAAAUGAAUCAACAUAUGGUCAUACUAUGACUAUGUAUUUACUUUUUGCUUAUGGAGUUACAUUCCACUGUUUUUUAUCUGUGUACGUUUACUGUGACUAUUCAUUUUAAUGGGCAAACAAACAAGAAGGUUACAGAUCUAAGUUGUUCAUUUUGGACCUGCCAGCUUUCAAAAUUGUGCUUCUUGCAUUUUCCCCUGGGUGUCUGUUUAAUGUCACUGACAUAGUGUGUACAGUUUUUCAGUAUGCACUUACACAAAAAGUACACCUGCUUUCACCUCACCUGGCUGAUCACGAUGCGGGUUAUUUCUCAUAAAUACAGAUGGCUUUCACACACUUCUUUCGGCUUGUGCAUCCCACACUAAUACUCAACCUUUGAUUAGCGAUGUCUCUCUCCCCUUCUCCCCCCCCCCCCCCCCCCUAAAAAAGCAUGCAUAUACAGUAUUUUUCUCUUAAAAGCACGUUUUCAUUCCCUUUCUCCUCUUUUGUUAAAUAUCCCUGUCGUAUCUGAUCUCUGACCUCUCUGUGGUACAUGAAUGGUUUGUGAGUGUGUGUGUGUGUGUGUGUGUGCGCCUUAAGUGUUAAUUGGGACGGUUGUCUGCAGUACGUCUGGGGCGGGAUCGUGUCAGUUGGACGUGUGAGUGUUGGGGGCAGAAGGGGGGGCGGCUGUAUAUAAGACGUAUGAAGCUCGAUGUUGAAGGGGGGGGUCAGAUGGUGGGAGUUUGCGUUUGAUGCCACUGCAUUUGCACUGUUUUGGCCCAUUGUGACAAUAUCAAAAUAAAGCACUGCAAUAAUAAACAAAAACAAAGAAGGAUCUCGUCACAUGUUGGUGAUUCUUUUUUAAUCUAAUUUUACUACUCAAAGUCUGUUGUGCCGAGUGAUCGCAGUUGAAUGCUGAAUAAAGGGACCGGCUGCACGAAUCUGUUCCUGUGGAGGCUUGUGAUUCGCAUCACUGUGCGUUAUGCGCUCACCAGCAGAGGGAACCAUUUUAUCAGACCAGUUGUAAAAAUUCAGCCCCCCCACACCUUCUCUCAUGAAGCCAAAAUGUGCAAUGCAAUGCUUCACCAACUCUAUUUAAGAGCUUUCUUUUGAAAAAAUGCCCUAAUUAAAGAUGAAACUAGGCUUGCUAGAGCGUAUGUUAACUUUGGCAUGUUGUGUAAUACCUACUUAAUAAAUCAUUUGCUCACUUUUAA